GUAGAGUAAACUGAGAUUGAAAAGAUUUGUUUUUUUUUGCUCUCUAGAAAUGCUAUAUUUUUUGUAUUAGCCUAUUCAUGUAAAGUGAGAACGGGCCCUAAGAAAAUGGGCAGAUUUUGGGCAGAUCAAAUGCUUUCGUGUCAACACCCUCUUUUAUGUUCCUUGGCGCUGUUGUAGUCGACAUACAAGAGAAGUUUUAAAUUCAAGAUGGCAUCCGACAAUCUUCCAUCUGAAUUUGAUGUUGUCAUACUUGGCACUGGCCUCACGGAGUCCAUCAUUGCAUCAGCAUGCUCCAGGGUGGGGCAGAAGGUCUUGCACAUUGACCGGCGGAACUACUACUCAAGUAAAUGGGCCGGUUUUAACUUCAACAGCCUACUGUCCUGGAUUGAGGAGUAUAAGAGUCAGCAGGGGUCUCAGAGCACAGAGGAUGAGGCGGAGUGGAGGAAGACACUGGAAGAUGGGGAGGAGGUUCUGCCUCUCAGCGCUGAUGACUCCUUUAUUACCAACUUGGAGGUCUCCUGCUAUGCCAGUUUAGAGGCUGAAGAAGAGGUGAAGGAAAACGAAGAAGCGACUGAGACAUUAUCUCCUGCAGCACCUUCACCCACAGAACCUGAAGAGGAAACGAAGGGGAAGGGGGAGGGGGAGUCCAGUCCUGACGUCACACAGGAAACCACAACCAGUGGUGAAACUCAACACACCCAGGAAGAUGGCGGAUGUGGUGUUCAAGAGGAAGGGGCCUCGCAAGAUGCCGGCCAAUCAGAGGAAAUAGAGCAGAAGGAACAACAGGAGGACACCACAGCUGGCCCACCAAGUUCAGCUAAGGAGGUGAAGAAAAAGAAAAUAACUUAUGCUGAUCUCGUGAAGGAAGGCCGCAGGUUCAACAUUGACUUGGUGUCCAAGCUGAUCUACUCUCGCGGCAGCCUGGUUGAUCUCCUGAUUCAGUCUAAGGUCAGCCGGUACACAGAGUUUAAAAUAGUCACCCGCAUCCUGACCUACCGCCAGGGCAGAGUGGAGCAGGUGCCUUGCUCUCGGGCAGACGUGUUUGCCAGCAAGCAGUUGACCAUGGUGGAGAAGCGUAUGCUGAUGAAGUUCCUCACCUUCUGCCUGGACUUCGAGCAGCAUCCUGAGGAGUACCAGGAGGUCUCUGACCAGCCAUUCUGGGAGUUCCUCCAAACCAAGAAGCUCACAGAGAACCUUCAGCAUUUUGUCCUGCACUCCAUCGCCAUGGUGACAAAGGAGACGUGCACAGAGGACGGCCUCAAAGCCACUCAGCACUUCUUGCGUUGCCUGGGUCGCUACGGCAACACACCCUUCCUGUUCCCCUUGUAUGGCCUAGGUGAGAUACCGCAGUGCUUUUGCCGGAUGAGUGCCGUGUUCGGAGGGAUUUACUGCCUCCGCCACUCCGUCCAGUGUUUGGUCGUGGACAAGGAAACUAACGGAUGCAAAGCUGUCAUCGACACGCAGGGGCAGCGAAUCAGCUGCAGCCAUUUUGUGGUGGAGGACAGCUUUGUGAGGCAACGGUGGAAGAACACUGAGGAGGGGCACAUCUCUAGGGCAGUCCUCAUCACGGACAGGUCGGUGCUGCCCGCUGAUUCUGACCAACAGAUCUCCCUGUUGACGGCCCCUCCUCUAGAGCCUGGUGGUCCAGCUGUGCACGUGGUCGAGCUCUGCUCCUCCUCUAUGACCUGCAUGCCCGGCACAUUCCUGGUGCAUCUCACCUGCUCCUCCAAAGGAACCGCCCGGGAGGACCUGGAAUCUCUCAUCGCCCAAAUGUUCUAUGUGCCCCCCAGUCCCGGCGAGGAACUUGCAGAGGGUGAUGAGAGGAGCGGCCGACCGACAGUGAUGUGGGCGAUGUACUUCAACAUGCUGGACAUCUCCAGGAUGGACGGCAGCAACGGCUUUGACCUGCCCAGCAAUGUGCAUGUCUGCACAGGCCCCGACGUGAACCUGGGGUGUGACUACUCCGUCAAGCUGGCUGAGAAGAUUUUCCGCCAACUUCUGCCAGAGGAGGAGUUCUGCCCUCCUGCCCCCGACCCUGAAGACAUCAUAUAUGAAGGAGUGGCACCCCAGGGGGAGGGCUCAGGCUUCGAGGAGAACCCCAAGACUGAGGGCUCACCUCUCCAAAGUGAGGCUGAUGGCUUAGAGAACCACCCCGAGUCUGAGAAGGAGGCGGCAGAAGUGGAGGCUCCCAUCCAGGAAACGCCUAAAGAGGCUCUGAAAGAGGACGCCUCACCAUCUGAAGAGUAAACCUCACUCUUCUUCAUUCAGAAACUUCUCCUUCCUAAACCCCCACCUACCACCUUACCAGCCGCCCACCCACUGACCCAAACCCCCACCUACCGCCUUA